ACUUUUCCUCGCUAAAGCGUAAUGCAACAAUAAAUCAUGUGAAAAGGUCUACGACGUGCCUAGAGGAUAUACGACACGUACCCACACCAUGUCCCGAUACCGAUCUUUCCAGUCUCUAAAUGUUCUGUUCUUUUUGUCUUUCCCGGUUUCCACAGGUCGAUGGUGUUCGAGGCGAGAAUGGUCAUCGCCAUCCGAUGCCCGAGUCGAUCAGUCCCGGCGUGUCCUGUACUCUUCAGUCUUCCUCGGCAGCCCAGGUGAUGCCAGCAAUACCAGCAUUGGCAGCGGUGAAGGUACCGGCGAGGAGGAUGACGAUACGAGCGGCAAGAAAAACCAAAAGAAGCGGGGGAUCUUCCCGAAGGUGGCCACGAACAUUCUGCGGGCGUGGCUGUUCCAGCACCUAACGCAUCCCUACCCAUCGGAGGACCAGAAAAAGCAGCUAGCACAAGACACGGGCCUGACGAUAUUGCAAGUUAAUAACUGGUUUAUCAACGCGAGGCGCAGAAUAGUGCAACCCAUGAUAGAUCAGUCCAACCGAGCAGUAUAUUCUCCGAUUUCAGUGUACACGCAUCCCGGCCCAUCCGCUGGCUAUCCGGAUGCGAUGAGCUACAUGAUGGAUGGUCAGGCACAGAUGAUGCACCGAGCACCGGGCGAUCCGGCUUUCCACCAGGGCUACCAUUACCCGCCGGCCGAAUACUAUCCGCAUCAUCUGUAAGGUGAUCGCACAGCAAUGGGAGCGAAAAACCGAUCAUCCCAAUAUGAGUGCGCCAUAGUUGUCACCAACCCAACCAAGAAAAACUCACACUUUUCAGCCAAGUGAGCGAACGAUCAUCGACGCGUGUACAGUGCGCUCAUCAAUACUUAACGGUCGUAACGGAUCCACCCGUCGAUCGGACCAUAAAGGAUGCGUUUAUGCAAAGGCUGAGAUGAUGCAUUUAUGGCAUACCCAAUUGAGAAAAACUUCCUUCUAACACACAAUCACACCCUACCCAUGUAAAAAAAAAACACACAGACACACACAUCGAACGCCCACCGCACCGGGUAUGGAGGCAGAGAUGGAACACAGUAAUAAAGAGAUCGGAAGUAAAAAGUGGUGUUGGAUCGUGACGUGCAGUAGUUGAAGUUGACAUCAACCUCAACGCAAACGUGGCCAUUUGAAGUAACCAAAAAAAAAAAGAGGAAACUAAACGUACACCGUGCACAUGCAAACAUGCACACAUACAUCGCAUCCGAUCGGCCCUAUGUCCUAGGUGAACGGACCUGGAAAGUGGACGGCUACAGCAAUACAACAUGUACGAUCUCAUUUCGCUUGACUUAGGGGAGAAUUAUGGACAGGAAUCGGUGCAGGAGCAAUCACUGUGGAUCACUGUGCUGGUAUCUUUAAGCUCAUCUUCAUCGUUUGCAUCAUCACGACUAUGUGUAUGUGUGUGUGUACUACUACUACUACUACUACUACUACUACUAUAAACCAGUGUGCUCAAAGUGCCAACAGUUGCAGCAAGCAAAACAGAAAAGAAACCCUGCCCAAAUUCGCUUGUUCCCGUUGCCAUUCAGCAGGAAAUGCAAUUUGUUGCACCCUGUCCUGCUUCCCCCACGGUGGCCGAACGCUGUGCUCUGUUGUGCCGUUGCUGUGCUGUACGUAAAGCGAUAUUUAAUUUGUACUACCCGUUAGGCGAACAGUUGUGUUAGCAUUAUUGUACACCGAAAACGGAAUAACUCUCAGUGCUGCAGGGUGAAAGUGAUGCCGGUUAACACACGACUAAGUAAAAGGGUAAACCCCAAAAAAACACUCACACGAAGAAGAGCGGUGAAGAAAACAUACAAAACAACGCAUGUGAUUGAGAAGUAAGCGAUACGGAUAUCGGUAAAGGGUUAGUAAUAUUACAAGCAACAAAAGGAUUACAAACAUAAAAAAACAAACAAAAGAAAACAAGUAAUAACAAACAAAAUCUACAAAAUGUGAAUAUCAAACAGGAUAAUGAGAGAAGAACAGCAUGUUUAGUGUUCAAAACAGGAGAACAAAGCAACCAAGAGGUGUGUACAUACAGAGAGAAGACCCACACGGUAAAGAUGGCAACUAUAGAAAUUAAUCAACCACAUAGACAUACACACACGCACACAAAAACACAAAUACAAUGCACAUGGACAGGACAUUUUUCAAAGCAUACUUGGAUGUUACCAAAACGCGAAUGAAGAGCUAAAAAACAAAUCAAUAAGUGAUAGGAGGUAUACGACACAAUUAGUAGUGUGUGGGUAGGGAGGUUAUUUUGCUACCGCUUUUACUAUGAUUUGCCACUAUCACUCACACGCACUCACUCGCCUACUACUCGGUACGGUUACUAGUGCGAUCGCGCGCGCAGAAGAUCGUGAGUAUCUCACGCACCCUUUCCUACGCGUUUAUUAUCGUCUGGUUGGUUGCUUUGGUCCUGGAAGCAUUUAAGUGAUGCUAGAUAAUCGUUGCAUUGCAUUGGGAAAAACAGCCAUUUUUGAACGUAAAUUGUACGUCCCAGGCAGACAAACAAAUAAAAAAGAAAUGGCAAACAAGCAAUAAACCAAACGAUCCCAGGAAAGCGAUAAGCCAUUUUUCUCCCAAAAACAUUUUCCGUUUUUCCUUGCGCACGGGCAAAUUUAUUUCGUUUCGAAACUGGGGUAAAGGAAAGCCGUAAUGGUGUGAAUAUAAUUUAUGUAAUUAAUAUACACAACAGUAGGGAAAAGAAAGAAGAAAACAAAACAAACAAAAAAACACCCCGCGGUAAACAAGCAAAUAUGUACAUUAGGGCAAAAUCAGAUCGGGUUUGCAGUAGUAUCACUUAAAACCCCAAAAACAUCAACGAAUUUAAUUAACGAUAAACAACAACAAACACAUGUACACAAAAUCACACAUACAGACAAACACACUCACACACACACACACGCAUACAUCAUGUAAAACGACACGAGAUUAUGAAUGGUAUCCUUUCGUUAACGUUAGUUGGAUAAGAAGAGAUCAAUGUAAGAAACAAGUGUAUGUAAGUACGAUUUAUAUUAAAUUCAAGCAAAAAACAAGCGCGUGAUGCGGAACAAUCGAAGCAAGAAUAAGGGAUGAGAAAAUAAAAGGAAUGUUGGGGAAUAAAACAAAGCAAAACAACAACAAAAAACAUACACACAUAUAAAUACACAAAGCAAAGCAGCAAAAGAUUGCACAAGAAUGAGGUUAGAGCGUUGUAUGAAUUGUACGAGUGAACAAACAGCAAGUGGUGGUCAAGUGUUAGUAGUUAUAUGUUUCACUUCCGUUCCACUUCUAUGUUGUCGCUUUUUGUUUAUCUGUUCCAGCUCAUUACCACCUGUGUGGCAAGCUUAAACAGCAUUUAGUUCAAUAACAACGCUACACAUCAUCGAACAAAAGCGUUCAAAUCUCACACGACAUCACAUCAGAUCCAAAAAGUGACCCAUGAAAGUUAGUAAAUCGGCACUAUUGUAAAAAGUAACAAACAAACUCACAAGCAAAUGAUCGUAAUUGAUAGUAAAUAGUGAAGCAGUAAUACCACUUAGACGAUAGGCACAUUCUCACAGGCAAAAACGACCAUUACAAGAGGAACCCAAAACACCCAACCCCAAAGGGCCAAUAUCCUACUUCUUCUUCUUCUUCAUCUCGCAGUAUCCGCAUUUUAGGUGUAGUGUUUUUUUUCUUUUAGCUGUAAAAAUGCUACCGUUCUUGUAAUGUAAUGUAAUGUUCGUCGUGUAAUAAUUGCUUAAGGCCAACCAAACCACAGGCAAAGUUUUAGUUUAGCUAUUAUUAUUAUUAUUAUAAUUAUGCAAAUUAUUAUUAUUAAUAUUAUUGUAAUUGCUACCGGUAAAUACUAUUUUAGUUUCAAUUGUCGUUCAACCCCGCCCCAUCCGGAUUAGAUUGUUUUUGGUUUGUUUUAUUUUUUGUUGUUUGCAUUAGCAACUGUUUGACCAUUUCUUUGUUCUAGUGUUUCCUUCUCUGGCCAAAACAAUACACAUCGCUCCCGCGGCACUGUUACCCACUGUUUGUUACUGUGUAUGAAAGCGAAAUGUAACGAAAUGUGCUAAGUUCAGUGUUUUCUAUUGAACGCGUGCUGUUGUGGAAUGCAACGUGGAGUGCAAAAUGGUACGCAUUUGGCAAAGGAUUAGGUGAAUUACAACGAUACAAACAUACAAACACAAGAAAAUGUUACAUUCACGCUUCACACAAACACGCCCUGCACUCACAAUCACGUUCAAUUGCUUUGGCCUGUGUAAAAAAAAACAACAAGAACAACAACAAACAACCGAAAGGUUCUAAGUUUUUUUGUGCUGUAAAUAUAGUAACCGGAAGAGAGGAAAAAACAAACAUGGGGAAACAUGAACGGAAAAGGUGGUUAGAAAAGUGUGUGCGAAAAAACAAACAAAACAAAAAUGGUAACAAACAUGCAAAUGAAGCGUAGGAAAAUUUGCAAAGUAGAAAAAUGCAAAAACGUUUAAGUGAAAAACUGUACGCUAGUAAGUAAAUGAUUAUGCCGAAGAAGAGAACACACACCCACACAGAUAAGGAAAAGAAGAGAAAAGAAAACUAUAUCGAACACAAUCGCUGAAAUAAAAAAGAAAACCUUUCAACAUUA